CGCAGUGGCAUUUCAGCGCCCGCUGGUUCGCCGAAACACAAGCGCGGACUCAUGACGGGAUACUACGAGCCGGAGAGGGGAUAUUUAUUUGUUUUCUUUUUUGUUGUUGAUAAAUAUGGUUUAGAAGAGGGCGACGGACAAUGUGCGCGCUCGCGGAGCUGACCGUCGUUCCGACGUGAACGAUCAGAAUGCCGUUGUUGUGCGUUUGUUAGGCACAUCAUCCUUUCUGCUGAUACAAUCACACAAACUCACGGCUUUGACAGCUUUCACAUCCACAACAACAGCCAGCGGAAGCCAUGGCGACACAAAACGACUGCUGUGUGAAAGUCUCCUUGAGGAUCCGUCCUCAGAUGGCGAAGGAGAAGAUCGAGGGCUGCCACAUCUGCACCUCCGUAACCCCCGGAGAACCCCAGGUGCUGCUGGGUAAGGACAAGGCCUUCACAUACGACUUUGUGUUUGACCUGGACGUCCAUCAGCAGACGAUCUACAGCGCCUGCGUCCACAAGCUUAUCGAGGGUUGCUUUGAGGGAUACAACGCUACAGUAUUCGCCUACGGGCAGACUGGUUCUGGGAAGACGUACACCAUGGGCACGGGCUUCGACGUGACGGUGAGCGAGGACGAGCAGGGGAUCAUCCCACGUGCUGUGCGUCAGCUCUUCCAGGGCAUUCAGAGACGGCGAAUGGAGGCUCAGGAGAGAGGCACACAGCCACCUGAGUUUAAAGUCAGCGCUCAGUUUCUGGAGCUCUAUAACGAGGAAAUCCUGGACCUGUUCGACAGCGCCCGUGACCCUGGCAGGAAGUCCAACAUUAAGAUCCACGAGGACAGCAACGGAGGCAUCUACACUUCGGGAGUGACGUCACGCCUGGUCAGCUCAGAGGAAGAGCUCCUCCAGUGUUUGAAACUCGGUGCUCUGUCCCGCACCACAGCCAGCACUCAGAUGAACGCCCAGAGCUCCCGGUCUCACGCCAUCUUCACCAUCCACCUGUGCCAGAUGAGAGUGUGUCCUCAGAUGGCGAACGGGUCUGUGAGCGCUGAAGUGAACGGUGUAGACGAUGCUUCGAUGUCCCAGGGCGAGUACGAGACCCUCACGGCAAAGUUUCACUUUGUGGAUCUGGCCGGAUCGGAGCGGCUCAAGCGCACAGGAGCCACGGGGGAGCGGGCACGAGAGGGCAUUUCCAUCAACUGUGGCCUGUUGGCGCUGGGUAAUGUGAUCAGUGCGCUCGGAGAUCAGAGUAAGAAGGCCGGUCAUGUGCCUUACAGAGACUCCAAACUCACUCGCUUGCUACAGGAUUCGCUUGGGGGGAACAGUCGGACAGUGAUGAUCGCCUGCGUCAGCCCCUCUGACCGUGACUUCAUGGAGACACUAAACACACUGAAGUACGCUAACAGGGCACGCAACAUCAAAAACAAGGUGGUGGUGAACCAGGACAAGACCAGCCAGCAAAUCAGCGCGCUGCGGGCCGAGAUCGCCCGUCUGCAGAUGGAGCUCAUGGAGUAUAAGACGGGGAAGCGUGUAGCCGGGGAGGACGGCUCAGAAGGCUUCAGCGACCUGUUCCAGGAAAACUCUAUGCUGCAGAGGGAAAACGACAACCUGCGCAUGCGUGUGAAAGCCAUGCAGGAGACCAUCGACCAUCUUAACACCCGAGUCACUCAACUACUGACCAAUGAGAUUAACUUGCUGCUAACCAAGACAGGGGAAACUAACGAGGAGAUUGGAAAUCUGAUCCAAAACUACAUCCGGGAGAUAGAAGAACUCAGGUCUAAGUUGUUAGAGAGCGAGGCGAUGAACGAGUCUUUGAGACGCAGCGUCUCUCGUCUCUCCUCCCGUUCUCCUUACCCUGCCUCUCAUGCACCUGCACCUGGACACCCCCUGGGCUCCUCCCCAUCCGUUUCCAUGGAGGCCGAGAUUACGGACGUGCUUCGCCGCGCCAAGCUGGACAUCGAGAGGCUAAAGAAGAAAGAGAGGAAUCAGAGGCGCAAGAGCCCAGAAAGGGAGAAGGGCUUGAAGAAGAGAGCAAAGCUCCAGGCUCAGGAGAACGGUCAGAGCUGUGAGAGCAGAGAGAACGGAGACGGCGACUCGGAUAACGAGCCUGAAGUGGAGGGUAUGUAUCCUCUGCCAGAAGAGGAGAGCGGCUGUGAUGAAGACGAAGAGGAUGAGGAAGAGGAGAUCCGAGAGGAGGAAGAAUUUGACAGUGACGAGAGCCUGGUAGACUCAGACUCUGACUCGGAUGAAAAAGCAAACCUCCAAGCCGACCUCGCAGACCUGACCUGUGAGAUCGAGAUCAAGCAGAAGCUCAUAGAUGAAUUGGAAAACAGUCAGCGGCGGCUGCUGACACUAAAACUCCAAUACGAGGAGAAGCUCAUCCUGCUUCAGAACAAGAUCCGUGAUACACAGCUAGAGAGAGACCGCGUACUGCAGAAUCUCAUGUCCAUGGAGAACUACACAGAGGAAAAGGCCAACAGGAUCAAAGCGGAGUACGAGAAGCGUCUGAAGGAGAUGAACAGGGAUCUGAUGAAGCUCCAGGCAGCGCAGAAGGAGCACGCUCGCCUGCUGAAGAACCAGAGCCGAUACGAGAGAGAGCUCAAGAAGCUGCAGGCUGAAGUGGCUGAGAUGAAGAAAGCCAAGGUAGCGUUAAUGAAGCAGAUGAAAGAGGAGCAGCAGAGGAGGAGGAUGAUCGAGGCCAAGAGGAACAGAGAGAUCGCCCAGCUCAAAAAGGAACAGCGACGGCAAGAGUAUCAGAUCCGUGCUCUUGAGUCGCAGAAGCGGCAGCAGGAGAUCGUCCUCAGGAGGAAGACUCAGGAGGUGACUGCUCUGCGUCGACUGGCUAAACCCAUGUCGGAGCGUGUGGCAGGCCGCGCCUCUCGUCGUCCAGCCAACCUGGAUUCCGGAAUCGAGCUCUCAGCCAGCACCACCACCUCCACCACCACGUCGUCAGAACCCGAGUCUAGCCGUUCUGUCUCCAGCAUCGUCCGCCAGUGGAACAACAAGCUGAAUGGAUACCUGGGAGAGAGCGAGGGAUCUGGGGGAGGAUUGUCCCGGCUGGCCAAUGGCAGGAAGAAGUUACAGAGGAAGGGUGUGAGCAGCAGCUUCUCAAAGACGGCGAGGCAAAAAUGGCAGGCUCUGGAGAGGAGGGUCAUGGACAUAGUGAUGCAGAGGAUGACCAUUGCCAAUGUGGAGGCUGACAUGGACCGCCUUAUAAAGAAACGGGAGGAGCUGUCCAUGCAGCAGGAGGCGCUGUUGCGCAAGCGAGAGAAGCUCCUGAGCGAGGGGCCUAGAGAGGAGGAGGACGAACGAGUUGUUCAGGAGAUGAAUGAAGAAAUCGAGGUGCUCAAUGCCAACGUGGACUACAUCAACGACAGUCUGUCUGACUGCCAGGCCACAAUUGUACAGAUUGAAGAGACCAAGGACGAAUUGGACUCAGUGGACAUGUCAGUGGUCAUCAGUUCCUGUUCCCUGACAGAAGCUCGUCACCUUCUGGACCACUUCCUAAAGGCCUCCAUCGAUAAAAACUUACAGGUGGCCCAGAAAGAAGCCCAGAUCAGGCUGUUAGAGGGACAGCUGAGACAAACAGACGUUAUUGGCUCUUCCCAUAAUCACAUGAUCCUGGACGCCUUGCGAGAGAAGGCGGAGUGUAUCCCCGAGUUACAGGCUCUCAUUCACAAUGUCCAACAGGAAAAUGGCUACGCUAGCACAGACGAGGAGGUGUCCGAGUUUAGCCAGGCCUCAGAAACAAGUUACUCUCAAAUGAAAUCGUCAGCCAGUCAGGAUGACUUCAAGCUCAAGUCUGAGCCUCGCAUCUCCGGGCAGAUGAAGGCGGUGUCAGCCGAAUACUUAGGUCCCGUCCUGGACAUCACCACCAAGAACAUCACCAAGUCUCUGGCCUCUCUGUCUGAGAUUCAGGAGAACGGCUUGGGCUUUGUUCUGCGCGAGACCUACUCUAGAGAAAGCAUGUCCCGCACUAUAAACCUGCCGGUCCGAGGACACACGUUUCCCAGGCAGUCCAGAUGCUCAGACGCUUCUCCAUUCACCAGGCGGCCAUCAUAUGAUCGAAGCCAAUCAUACAGACCUCCUGAGACCAUCUACACCCCCCCCUCGUCCCCUCCCCUCCGUACCCGUAACGACCGCAAUGUUUUCUCCCGCCUUACAAGCAACCAGAGCCAGGGUUCUGCACUGGACAAGUCUGACGACAGCGACUCCUCUCUCUCGGAGGUCCUCAGGGGUGUGAUCAGUCCCACGGCAGGGCUGAAGGGGGGCAGAACGGCUCCUCUGCAGUGUGUGGCCGUGGCUGAGGGACACUCCAAACCUGUGCUCUGCCUGGACGCUACAGACGAGCUGCUUUUUACAGGAUCCAAAGACCGCACAUGCAAGAUGUGGAACCUGGUGACUGGGCAGGAGAUAGUGACACUGCGGGGACAUCCCAACAACGUGGUGUCCGUCAAAUACUGCAGCAGCUCCGGCCUGGUCUUUACUGUUUCUACGUCCUUCAUCAAAGUGUGGGACAUCCGGGACUCUGCCAAGUGUGUGCGCACCUUCACAUCCUCAGGUCAGGUGGUUUCAGGAGAUGCCUGCGCUGGCACCACCACCCGCACAAUCACCACGGCCCAGGGUGAAUACCAGAUCAACCAAAUCGCCCUAAAUCCUUCCGGCUCCGUGCUCUACGCUGCAGCAGGGAAUACGGUCCGAACCUGGGACCUCAACAGAAUGCAGGCCUCUGGGAAGCUGACGGGCCACAUCGGCUCAGUCAUGUGUCUAACAGUGGGAUACUCCGGUGGAGGCAAAGACCAGGUCAUCACCGGCUCUAAGGAUCACUACGUGAAGGUGUUUGAUGUUGCGGAAGGCAUGCAGGGGAACAUCGGUCCCGCUCACAACUUCGAGCCACCGCACUACGACGGCAUCGAGUGCCUGGCCGUGCACGGCGACGUGCUGUUCAGCGGCUCCCGCGAUAACGGCAUCAAGAAGUGGGAUUUGGAGCAGCAGGAACUGAUUCAGCAAAUCCCGAACGCACACAAGGACUGGGUUUGUGCGCUGGCCUAUGUGCCCGGGCGACCCAUGCUGCUGAGUGCCUGCAGGGCGGGAAUGCUGAAGGUCUGGAACGUGGACAACUUUACACCCAUCGGAGAAAUCAAGGGUCAUGACAGCCCCAUCAAUGCUAUCUGCACCAACUCCAAACAGAUCUUUACUGCCUCCAGUGAUUGUCGGGUGAAGUUGUGGAGUUACGUUCCUGGUCUCACUCCCUGCCUGCCGCGUCGCGUUCUGGCCAUCAAGGGCAGAGCCACCAGCCUUCCCUGAGCUCCACUAACACCCUCCUCCUCCUCUGCUCUCUGUGACAGGACUGUGAAGAUCUGGAACCUGAGGAUCGCAAAGAAGAGGUGACAGCUUGACGGCGUAAACCAUGGUCUUACGUUCCUUACGUCGGGGCGACGUCAAGGCGACUCGGCCUGUCCUGAGGGUUCAGAGGUUCGGAGGUCGCAGUCUGGAGCUCCACUGCAACGUGAAGGUCUCAUAGUUGAAGAACGUUCACCAGAAGGAAGGUGAAGGCAAUAGCGAACCUUAAGGUGCCACCAUGUUGGUAUUUUUGACUGCACACCAAAUAAUGAGAUGAGCGUGUGUCUACUCCACGUGCAUACGUUUACUGAAAGUGUCCUUCCGUGCCAAUUUGUUUUUUGAAGAAAAAGAAAAAAAGCGUCACUUUAGAUGUAGCUGCUGUCCAUUUUUGCUUAUUUAUUAUUUCAAGGAAAUAAAAACAGGCCAAUAUGGAGGCCUUGGGAAAUCACUUCUGAGCCAAAUGGUGGGGGAAAGCACUUUUCAGUUUUACCCCCUGGAGACCCAUAUGUUUCUGUGUUUUGAUUGACUGAAUAUCAGCCUUUAUCAUAGCAAGUGAUCUACUGGAAGCAAGAAGGAGAUUGAUUCUUCUGUUACCAUCUGGUGGAGGUUCUCUGGAGAGUCUGGAUACAAACGGAGCUUGUUCCAAGACGUGACUGUGUAAUAGUGCUGGCACGCUCGCCAAACGCCCUGUCGCCUUCCUCUGAGGUGUCUACUUAAGACUUACAAAAUCUAAUACGGACUCGAUGUCUUCUUAAUCCCUCAUCAUCUUGAACACAACUCUGUACAGCUUGUCUCCUUCUGUGCUGUGAUGUUUCCAUGUUCUACCUCAGGUUUAAAUGUGUUUUUUGGGUCUGAAGCCCUGUCAGCUAUUUGCGUUUAGGACUCAAGCCCAUGUCUAUCUCCCAGUCUUCUUAUUGCUGGUCUGUGAAUAUAGCGCUCUCUGAGCUCUGCACGCAACCUUAUCCACACUCUGCUGAGCAGACACUUUUCGAGACCGGCUUCAAUAAGCUCGGGCCAGCAGCGGUCCAGAGUGUGCAAUAAAACCGACAGUUUGCUCUAAUGAAGGCUCUAGUGCUUAAGCAGGCAGAAUUAGUGGGUUUAGAAGGAGCUAAUCUCCUGCUGAGAGUCAGUUUUUGAUCAGUUCGGUUCAGUCUGAACCAACUUUGGACUGUUCUUAAUGCUGGAUAUGGCACAUAGACUCACCAUGGUAUCACAGUGGCGCUGGGCUGUUUGACAUAAUGUAACAGAAAUGAAAUCUACCACUAUUUUCGCCAUAUCUGUGAAAAUAUUACGCAGCUUUGUAGUGGGUGGAGCUAGAGCUCUGUUUAGCUCAUUGGUAAUGCAGUAUUAGGGGAUUACAUGUAAUAUUUAAUAUUUAAUAGGAUAGGAAUUAGCAGCGACUUUUCAAAUGCGAAUGCUUGUUAGAUGGCUGCACAAAUCCCGGUUAGUUCACAGAACAUGUGAAAAGUCUCACUGGGAAGUUUUUCUUAAAUAAAAACAAUAUAUAAACAGUGGCUCUCCUUGUCGGCUCUCCAGGGGUCUGUUAAGAACAGUCUGGGUUUUUUUUUUAAACUUUUGGUACAGCGAUGGAAAUCAUGCUCAAUGUUUUUUUAUAUUAACGUUAACCUAAAAACUCUAAAUAAUGUUGAAUCUUCAGGAUCUCUGUAGUGACAGACAGGCGGAAUAUUAAUAAUACACAUUUAUACAGUCUAAUUUUGGAAUAGUUAGAUGAUGUACAUCAAAUAAAUCGGUACUGAGUGCGUCCAUGGGAUUUAUUUUUAAAGGUAAAGAGGUCUCUGCCUGCAAAAACAUUGAUAACCCCUGAUCUACAAUCCCACAGACCUGCGUCUCCCAAAAACCUGUGAAAUAUAAAGCAUAAUCCAAACGCUGGCAGAACAUCAAAUACUUCUCAAAGCCCUUUGGGCCAGACACAAGUUGUGACUACAUCUGGAAUUAUCUCGUAGGAUCCAUCCCAAUUUUCUUUUUCCGCUGCUUCUCUUUAAAAUAUGCAGAAAGCAGUGUUGAGAAGUAGGUCGACUUUUUUUUUUUUCUUCUGCUCACCUUUUUUCCCCCAAAAAAAACCCCAUCAAAUAAAACAGUUGCUGUUUAUUAAAUGAAACAGGAAACUGGUCCACUCGUGCCAGAGGAGCCGACACGCCUGAUGGGGGUAUGUGGGCGAUGGCAGGUUUCAUCUUGGCACAACACUGGUAUGCACUGAGUAUUUUUAGAGCAUCAAUCAUCAUCUUCCAGGGCUGCACUUUUCUCCCAGCCCCCAGAUUUACUGUCUUUUUUAAUGAAACAUAUUUAUCACCCUAAUCUUUUCUGGGCGGCCCCUGGCGCAUCUAUAUCUGUAGUAGCAGCUGUCGGUGGGUGCUCGGCUGUCAGGCCCGAGUUCUGAUUUCCAGCUGUGAGGGAUGGGUUCGCUGUGCUAAAAGCCCCGCAGCACAGAUGAGGCACAUCGAGCUGUGUUUAAGGAGCCGAUGUCCCAUUAAAACUGUGAGCUGAUCCCCCUCCUUAGUUUUUUCGGUAUAUUUAAUAUGAUAAUGUUCAAGCAAGCAAUGGAGGAUUUUGUCUUAAUGAUGCCAUCGCACUAUGAUGCGAAUACCACUGUUUUCUUAUCAGAACGUCAAGCUGCUGUUCAACUCAAUAGCAUGGGAGCGUAGUAGAUUUCGUACCACAGCGCUGUUGAAUACUUGAUUCUGAUUGGUUGAUUCAUUUAACAGAAGCUCUGACUGUAGUUCCAGCUGUGAGGUUUUUUUUUAAUUUUUUUUAUUAAGGCACUCUCUCUACACAGAGAGACCUGUGGAAGGAGUCUCCAGUGUCAGUGCUUUGUAACAAUCAGAGAUAAAGUCUUUAGUAUGGAGGACUUUUUUGCUGCGACUUCUUGUGAGAGAGAGAUUAGUGAUAGAUAGCAUGUGAAUACAGGAACAUUAAACAUAAGUAAACAGUACAUCAUUCUUCACUUCAUACAAAAUCGUGGUUGUUAGCGAAUAGUUCUUGUGUAAGAAGAUUCAGACACUUCAAUAACAUGCUGUUAUUGGAAUCAAUUACUCAUAUUACUCACAACAUUACUCAUAUCAUAACGCAUCACCAGCCAAUACAAAAAAUCUAAAUGUUUGUGAUUUAUUCUAGAAACGGAGGAUCUGAACGGUUUUCUGAACAGUGUACAAAAGUUUGUAGAUACCGGGAAUCACUUUUUUUUUUCUUUUUCUUUUUUUUUCUUCAAUAUCCCAAAUCCACAUCCCAAACAAAAUCUCUCAGUUUUUCUUUCCGUAGUUUUGGUCCAAAUCUAUUUAUUCUUUACAGUCAUGGAAGCCUGUGAAAGUGGUACUUGUAGUUAAAGAAGUGAUUUGCAGCAUUGCGACAGAUCACUAAAGUUGUUGCCAAAGCCUUUUGAACUGUGAUCACUUCAGUGCACCAUGUUCCGCGUUUGUGUGUCUUCUAUUUCUUUUCUUUUUUUUCAUCCUCCAACCUUUCUCCUCUCUUUAAUGCUGUUGUUAAACUAAUGAGUCAUCUACAGUAAAUACAUUUCUUUUUUUUUCUCUUGAAAACCGAAUCCUUUUUCAAAGACUGCCCCUCAUUAGUGAGCUGAAGAGACUGGAUGACUGGCUUUAUUCAUUUCAUUUUAGAAAUGCAUUUUUUUCCUUUUGAAACCACAUUAUCCAUUUCAUAUUGUUGAAUGUUGACUGUGAAAUAAGCGGGAAGGAAGCUUUAUUUGGCUAGUGCUCAAAGACUGAAAUGGAGGGAUAUCACCUCUUAGUGUGUGUUGAAUGAAAUGUGGAUUUAAUGGCUUCCACUUCACGCCAUGGAUAUGACCGCAAUACAGUACAGUCGUCGGCCGGCGUGUGAUAGAUAGAUAGAUAAAUAAAUAAAUAAAAAUUUGCAACCGCUUUCAUAGUUUGGUGCUCAACACAGACAACAACCAUCACAACACAAUGUAAUAAAUCCUUAUUUUGUUUCCCCCUUUGGCUUUCACAUGAACUUUUGUGUUUUUGCAUGGCCUGAACAUGAGGCAGAACUGAACUGUACAGAAUCCACACUGCACUGUAUUUUCUGUGUAUGGGAGGAUGUCAGUGCCUGACUAUAGGUAUCUACAAUCAUCUGUGCACUAACCUGGGCUUUACUGCUGCUGCUACUGCUGUCUUAUUUAACGCAGACAGUGGGGUGCCCCUCUUUGCCUUACGCUCCAACUCUCUGUUUCAAAGCCUUCACCGCCUUAGACUGAUCCAAAGCACUGCCUCCUAAAAGCUCAGCGAUGGUUCUAACCUUUAGACGCAUCUACGAUAGAUUUAAUAGAUGAAAUGAUACACGACGUUAUUUUACUUCGUUUUCAUUUUGUAUUAUACUUUUUCUGGGAGAUUGGAUGUCCCUGUUUAAAAAAACACAACUAUAUAUAUAUAUAUAUAUAUAUAUAUAUAUAUAUAUAUAUAUAUAUAUAUAUAUCACUAAAAACAA